UUAGUCCCAUAACACCCCGGGUAAGAGGGUCCUGAACGUUCAGCGUGAGAGUGUGUGGUGACCGCACGUUUUGUUACUCGGAGCUGGGAGAAAGGGAGACCUAGCCCCUCACCGGGAGAGAGGGAGAGCCAGCGACCCGGUCCUGAAACCAUGCCGCGAUCACGGCGAGAUAAGCGGGUUUCUUUGACUAAAACAACGAAGAAAGGAUUACAAGUCAAACAGAACCUGAUCGAGGAGUUACGAAAAUGUGUGGACACCUACAAGAAUCUAUUUGUCUUUUCUGUUGAGAAUAUGCGAAAUAACAAAUUAAAGGAUAUGCGGAGUGCUUGGAAGCAUAGCCGGUUUUUCUUUGGUAAAAACAAAGUGAUGAUGGUGGCACUGGGAAAAGAACCAGCAGACGAAUACAAGGAUGGUUUGCACAAGGUCAGUAAGCAGUUGCAAGGUGAAGUUGGUCUUCUGUUCACUAAUCGAACAAAAGUGGAAGUGAUCGAGUGGUUUGAGCAGUACACAGAGUCUGAUUUUGCUCGUGCUGGGAAUGUAGCUACAAUGGCCGUUACACUCGAUGCUGGGCCCCUGCCACAGUUCACACACUCUCUUGAGCCACAACUGCGACAGCUUGGGUUACCAACC